UUUUUGCCGCAGCCAACUAGAGAGAGCUACGUCAUCAGGGGUGCAGUUUUUGAUCGUAAUUCUUCUGAUCUGUUAUAAAAGGGGACGCUACCGGCCGCGCACAGGCAGUUCUGGUGAGGAAGGAACACCUGUUAGUCCGUCGAGCCCAUCCGAUCGUCCGGCGCCCCGAGGAAUCAAGACAACCGUGAGAGUCGAAACGUCUUCCCUGUAGGACAAGAUGAAUCCUUCGCCUGGAUUGGUCGGCUACUGGCCGCUGAAUGAAGAACAUGGCGCCCGUGACGUCAGCGGCUAUGGUAAUGACGGAGUGACGUUCAGCACGGACGUGGCGGAGGGGCCGGGGGGCGAGACGGGGGGCGCCAUGUACUUCCACGGGAACCAAGGUUCUCGUGUGGAGUUCCCCAACAACGGAGCGCUGGACGCCAGGAGUUACAUCACCCUACAGGCCUGGAUCUACCCACAGGGGACGGGACCCGGGCCGAUCUUCAACUACCAACCGGCGGGCAGUGCUGGCCACGGGGUUCACUUCUGGAUCCAUCCUACUGGAAGCGACCUAUUCAUACGGUAG